UUUUAUAAACCAAGACAGCUCCACACUGCAUCAGUGAGUACCGCUGCAGUGACCUCCGCACAACCCACUUUAAACAUUUCUUAACUAGAACCUUAGCAUUUCAUUAGAAAUUUAAAGUCCAACUCCCAGUUUCUUUUUGGCUGAGUUUCUUUUCCACUGUCCCAUCAUGCGUCUCCGGUUUGUCCUGUGCGUAAUGGCCCUGCUGGCGUCUACAUGUCUGGUGGCCGAGGCGCGGAUAGCCAAACGCUUCGCCAUCGGCUGCCCGGAGAAGUGCGACAAGUCCCAGUGCGCGCCGAUCCCCGCCGACUGCCUGGCUGGCGACGUGCUGGACCGCUGUGACUGCUGCCCGGUGUGCGCGUCCGGCGAAGGCGAGCAGUGCGGCGGCGCUGGCGACCGCGAGUGCGCCGAGGGUAUGGAGUGUGUGGUGACCGACGGCGUGGAGGUGUCCUCCACCGUCAGACGAAGGGGCAAGGCCGGCGUGUGCGCGUGCACCAGCUCCGAGCCGGUGUGCGGCAGCGACGGCGUCUCGUACCGGAACAUCUGCGAGCUGAAGCGCGUCAGCAACCGGGCGACGAAGCUGCAACAGCCGCCGGUGAUUUUCAUCCAGAGAGGCGCCUGCGGGAAAGGUAGGA